GAAAUGUUUGCACAAAAAUCAACCAUUUCAUCACCACCACGACCUCCACCACCUACUACUACUACUACUACUACUACUUUUGAACAAAAUAGUCUUCCUCGAGGUUCACCUACUAAUAAUCAACGUAACUUUCAACCACCACCACAUUUAUCUGAUUUCUUGAAUCCUCCUUCUUCAACUACUACCAAUGAUCUCGUUGCUGCAAAAUUAGAACAAAUGCUUGUAGAAUUGGAUCGACUUAUACAACAUUCGGGAAUUAUCACUUUUUCUUUAUUACCACCUAACCAUGAUAUUUGUCUAGUGAUGCGUCAAAUCCCCUUAUUGAUUUCUCAAAGUCUUCAUCCUUUACAAACUAUGUUGACUUUUGUUGAAAAGAUCAUUUAUAUGUUAUACAAAAGUAAUACAACUUUUGCUUUAGAAGCUUACACCAUCUUUUUACAAUCUCUAUUCGAUAUUUCUCCAGACUCUGGGAAAGAAGCUUUAUUAUGGUUGGUAUACGCUGAUGAUGAGAGGAAAUAUAAUCCUUCAGUGAUGGCUAUGCUGAUUCGAUAUCAAUUGUUACCAUUGGAAGAAUUCGAUAUACAACUUGCCAAACUUGUUCAAACCAAGGCUGAUCUUGCUUCUGAUUUUGCUGCUGAUCUUAUUCGGAUAUGUUUGUUGACUCCCAAUCCUAUGACCAACUUGGAAGAUCAUAUAUUGACCGUAUCUGCUCUACGACAACAAUACCUUUUAAGUGAAUCAUCAUCAAGGGUAUCAUCAUUUAUAGACGAUUUACAACAAAGAGUGGAUAGUGUUUAUCCUAAUAUCAAUUUGAAGGACAUCAACCGUCUGGAAUUACGUUUACUAUUGGCAGAAUGGAAUCAAUUAUCUCAAUAUCCUAUAGCAAAUGAUAUUUUAUUAGGCGGUAUCGUGAAACGGAUUUUAUCAGCCACGAAAGAUGAUGAUGGGAAAUGCUUCUUUUUACGAAUGGGAAUUGAAACUUGUGUACAACAUUAUAUCUUGGGAAAACCAAAGGCGAUUCAAUGGGUUGAUGCAUUGGUGAAAUUGAUGGUUUUUAUGGUGAAAUUGGAAUCUUCUGAACAGCAAUCGAAAAUGGUGGGUCAUAUCAUGUCAGUCAUUGUCUUGGUUUUAGCUCAGUAUCACGAAUCUAUGGGUAGUCAUUUCAAUCAAAAACCUUUCUUUCGCUUGUUAUCCUUGAUAUUCAUUGAACUUAAGAAAUCACAAAUCAAAUGCUUUGAUUCAACUGUUCUCACUUGUUUUAGUGAUGCGUUAUAUACUUUACAACCACUUCAUUUUCCUGGAUUUGCUUUUUCAUGGCUUCAACUGGUUUCUCAUCGUGUCCUCUUACCUCAACUGUUAUCAACAAGUGAUCGCCGUGGAUGGAGAAUAUAUUACAAACUUGUGUUAUGCUUAUUAAAAUUCUUGGGACCAUUAUUGGAAAAACAAGUAUUACAAACAUCAACGAAAGCAUUCUAUCGUGGAACUCUCCGUUUAUUGGUGAUACUACUUCAUGAUUUUCCAGAAUUCUUAUGUGAUUACUACAUGGUAUUUGUACAGGUUAUUCCUCAUACAUGUAUCCAAUUACGCAAUAUGGUAUUAAGUGCUUUUCCUUUGGUGAUGCAUUUCCCUGAUCCUUUGACACCGGAUCUUUGUCUUGGCCUAUUACCUGAAUGCAAAGAAGAUCCUUCCAUUGUCAUGUCAUUUGCUUCCAUUCUCACUGAACAACAAUUUCAUGUCGAUAUCAAACAGUUCGUUCAAAAUGAUUAUUCUUCCUUUUACAAAAAAGCUCUUGACUUCAUCACCACCAAAUCAAAUAUUUCUGAAAAUCCACUUGUAGCGGUAUCUACCAAUGAUCAACAACAAUAUAUUCGUGAAGAUGCUCUCAAUGCCCUGGUGCUCUAUAUAGCUACGCAUGUCAUACAUGUGCCACUGGAAUCAAAUCCUGCCAUCAAGUUAUACAUUUAUCUGAUUAAACAUAUGUCUUCACAAGGAACUUAUCUGGUGCUUAGUGCUAUGGCUGAUCAUUUACGAUAUCCAAAUAGUCAUACACAGUUUUUCAGUCAGGCUUUGCUCUAUCUUUUCCAAGAAAUGUCACAACAAACUAAAGAACAAAUUACUAGAAUUCUUCUGGAAAGAUUGAUUGUCAAUCGUCCUCAUCCUUGGGGUUUGUUGGCAACAUUUAUUGGCUUGAUUAAAGAACCAAAUUUUUGGGAUUAUUCAUUUGUACGGUCAAGUCCUGAAAUAGAACGAUUAUUUGACAAUGUGGCAAGAUCAAUCAAACGUUUAUCAUAGAACUAGACGCUUUUUGACUAUUAGACUAGUUAUUAGUGUAUAUUAUUUUAUUCAUCAACACUAUUGGCCCUUUUCUUCAACAUUAUCGAUAAAAAGUAGUAUUUAUUAGAAUCUCUUUACACAUCUUCUCCUUCUUUUAUUAUUUUUAAUAUAGUAUCAUAUUUUUACCUACUUGUCUA